GCCUUAAGUAAAUUCCACCAUGAAAGCCCCUUCUCCUCCCGUCGAUGGCUUGCGUGAGCGAAUCACUGCCCCUCUGGAGAAAGCCUCCGCCGCCGCCGCCGCCGCCACCUCGUUCUCCGCAGCUCUGGGCUCCGGGCGGAGCUCGGGCGUCGCGGGCCGAGGGCGGGGGGCGGCGGGAAGACGGACGUAGGUGGCCGACGAAGGGGUGGGCAGCAGAGCUUGCGAAACACCCUGAGCCCCUCCGGGAAGCACCUCCACUGGUUCCGAGCAGACCAGACACAAAGGGGGGAGUCGCCGCAGCUGCCAGUCUGAGGCGCUCCCGGUCACCGGAGUCGCCCCGCCUCCGCCGCCGCCUCCUCUCAGGCUCCGGCUCUCCAGCCGACCCCUGUCUGUCUCGGGCCUGUGGUGCAGCGCGGGCGGCGGCGGCGGCGGCGGCGGCGGCGGCGGCGGCGCCAGAGAGCCGCACUGCGCCUGCGCGGCCGCGGCCCCGCCCUGCCCCGCCCCUCACUCCCAGGCUAGCUGGAAAGCGAGGCCCUCGCGCGGCGUCUCUCACCGGGGCGCCCGGGGCAGGGAGGGGCUGUCGUGGGGUGGGCAGCCUAGGUCCCUUUCCUCACACACGCGAACGUUCCGCACGUGGACGCCGUGCGAUCUGAGCAAGCGUGUAAGGGAGGGCGGCCACAAUCUUUUGUUUAAAGUAGGCAAAGGCUACUCGGGAAGGUGGGCGAAAAGCCUCGAAGGCACGCUGCCGUUGUUUGUAGCGGCGGGCACAUCCUCCUCGGUUUCCCUGAGAAUCCCGACCGAGCCGCUUUUCCCAGAAACCGAGACCCGGGCCGCGUCGGGUCCCCCUCCCGUCGCGGCGCAAACAAAAGCCUCAGCCUCGGUGGUGAAGACCGCGAAACUGACGUGUGCGCGCUAGUCUGGGUCGGGCUUUCCUCGAGCAGCCAUCCCCGGGGCCUUCUUGGAUGACAAGGCUGCUGAGCAAUUGCGAGCAUGCGAGACCGGCGAGAAAAACUUAAGCUCGCACACGCCGGCCUGCUGUGCGUGCGCGUCUCCUACUCUGCUCGCACCUCUCCCGGGGAGGGUUUUAUUCACAAAGGCCCGAGGGUCUUUGCAAGGCCCGUGAAGGGAGAACUGCGGUGUAGAGUAGUUGCCUCCAGGUAUGGAGUGGGGUCCUAGCUCCUCACUCAGCGAAUGGAGACAGUGCCGCCUGCACCGCAGUUUCCUGAUCACUUUAAACCUUUUUUUUUUUUUUUUUUUUUUUUUAAAAUCUCAAGUUGGUUUGAAUCGGGCAACCUGGAUAAGGGAGGGACCCCCUGCGGGGUCAGCCGACUUGGGUGGGAUGUUCCUAGGGGAGAGGGGAGAAGAUGACGUGCUUGGCGCCAUGAUCGGAAGUCUGGGUUUAAUUCUUUAACUGCGAGGUGGAAAAAUUGCGUGGGAGGGCGAUCUUAAGGGGUGAAGUCUAGCCCUCCCUUCUCCCAGCAGGCAGAAAGGUUGUUCUGAAGGCUGGUUUUGCCGGUCUUUCAUUGUGGCUAAGGGCAGUUCCAGGAUACAUUCAUAAACACACUCCUCAAGCCUUACUGUUCGCUUGCUUAUUCAAGCCUCCUUUUAUCUCUUUAUCUGAACGUGAUGUUAAUAAAUCACAUUCCUU